ACUUUCGUGUCGCAUUUAUGGGCAGGAGAUGCAUUACAUACCCUUAGGGUAAACUUAGAAGAUCCUAACAAUGUGUUACAGAGCUGGGAUCCUACUCUUGUCAACCCCUGCACAUGGUUUCAUGUCACUUGCAACAAUGAUAACAGUGUAAUAAGAGUUGAUCUUGGGAAUGCUGCUUUAUCUGGACAACUGGUUCCACAACUUGGCCUGUUGAAGAAUUUGCAGUACCUGUAUGGCAUAUUUAAAUCUUUUUCUUUUUUUCCUUUUUCUCAUGCUUGCAGGCCAUUCUCCUAUUUAUAUGCUUCCAUUGAUAGUCGGCUAAAUAACAACAGCUUGACGGGCACAAUUCCCGUGUCAUUGACUAAUAUCUCAACGCUUCAAGUGCUGGAUCUCUCAAACAAUCAACUUUCAGGUGCUGUUCCAGAUAAUGGCUCGUUUUCUCUAUUCACCCCUAUCAGUUUUGCAAAUAACUUGGACCUAUGUGGUUCAGUUACCGGACGUCCUUGCCCUGGUUCUCCUCCGUUCUCUCCACCCCCUCCAUUUGUCCCACCACCCCCAAUAUCUUUGCCAGAUGGAAAUAGUGCAAAUGGAGCUCUUGCUGGUGGAGUUGCUGCUGGUGCUGCUCUUCUCUUUGCAGUCCCUGCCAUUGCAUUUGCAUGUUGGCGUCGAAGAAAACCGCGGGAAUAUUUCUUUGAUGUACCAGCUGAAGAGGACCCUGAAGUCCACUUGGGGCAACUUAAAAGGUACUCUCUUCGAGAGUUGCAAGUUGCAACGGAUAGUUUUAGCAAUAAAAAUAUUCUGGGAAGAGGUGGCUUUGGGAAGGUAUACAAAGGACGAUUAGCAGAUGGUACACUGGUGGCUGUAAAAAGACUUAAGGAGGAACGAACACCUGGUGGGGAGCUUCAAUUUCAAACUGAAGUAGAGAUGAUCAGCUUGGCAGUGCAUCGUAAUCUCCUUAGACUGCGUGGCUUUUGCAUGACUCCAACCGAACGCCUGCUUGUUUAUCCAUAUAUGGCUAAUGGAAGUGUCUCGUCAUGGUUAAGAGAACGUCCACCAAAUGAGCCUCCACUUGAUUGGCCGACACGGAAGUGCAUUGCUUUAGGAUCUGCCAGAGGAUUAUCAUACUUGCACGAUCACUGUGAUCCGAAGAUUAUUCAUCGUGAUGUGAAAGCUGCAAAUAUAUUGCUUGAUGAAGAUUUUGAGGCUGUUGUUGGGGAUUUUGGUUUGGCUAGACUUAUGGAUUAUAAGGAUACGCAUGUUACUACUGCUGUGCGAGGGACCAUUGGACACAUAGCUCCCGAGUACUUGUCUACUGGAAAAUCUUCUGAGAAGACAGAUGUUUUUGGCUAUGGAGUUAUGCUUCUCGAGCUAAUAACAGGGCAGAGGGCAUUUGAUCUAGCUCGCCUUGCAAAUGAUGACGAUGUCAUGCUGCUUGACUGGGUGAGAGGGCUUCUAAAAGAGAAGAAAUUGGAAAUGCUGGUUGAUCCUGAUUUGCAGAAAAAAUUCGUGGAGGCAGAAGUCGAACAGCUAAUCCAGGUUGCUCUUCUAUGUACCCAGAGUACCCCGAUGGACCGGCCCAAGAUGUCAGAAGUGAUGCGAAUGCUAGAAGGCGAUGGCUUGGCUGAGAAGUGGGACGAAUGGCAGAAGGUGGAAGUUCUCCGCCAGGAGGUGGAACUAGUUCCACAAUCUAGUUCCGAUUGGAUCGUUGAUUCCACAGAAAAUUUACAUGCCAUUGAGUUAUCCGGUCCAAGAUGAUAUCAUGAAACAAGGAAAAAUUGCUAGUAUUCUUUACAUACAAAAUCCUUGUGAAGUUGAAUGGUAGCUUGGAAAGUUGUACAGAUAGAUUUUGUGUUGUAUUCUGCAUUUUCAUUUGGCAUUUCUUCAAGAACAAUACUCUCUCGUGUGCUGAGAAGUCGCCUCAAUAUCCGUGUGGGACGAGCAGGAUAUGUCUAACUGGGCACGUCGUGUCUUUAGAGGCAGCCUGUGCUGAGCCGGUCAACGUCACCAGGAGAUUUUUGGAGGACUGAACUUUCCAAAAUUAGGUUAUUAAGAAAUAGUACAUUUAUGGAAAUGUCAACAAUGUUAUUUGAUAGCAAAGGUAUACAACCUUUUAAGAUUCAAAUCAGGCAUUCCCUUAACAGAUUUUGAGUUUGUUAUAUAUAAAUCUUUUAUUUUGAUUAUUGGUUUCA